GGGUGGGGAUGUCGCGAAACCCUUUGAGCUCUCGGCUGCGGCUGCAGUUGCCGGCGGCCGGGCUGAGAGCCUGAGAACCUCCUGCAGUGACACCGAGCUCUUGACAGGGAGCGGGGCCGGCUCGGGCGGUGCCAAUCACGGACCGUUCCGGCGGCGCCGGCGCCCGGCCCGCCGUAUCGACCCACCGGCCGCCGUUCCGUCGUUGGAGCGUGCCCCAUUGACGUCACGCAAUGUUUACGUCGGUCAGCUGGGCGAGCUGGCGCAGCGUCGCAGCAGAAGUGUCUGCGCCGCGGCCGUGGUGAGAGUUGUCCCGGCCGGUCCGGCGCCUGGCUGCUGCCCCGAGUGGCGACGUCCGAAGGAGAUCAGUCAGCAGACAGGCAGCAGAGGCGGCGGCGACAGCAGCCGGAUUGGCAGCUGGGCUGGCAGCAGUGAAGGCAGGACCAUCGGCUGGGCGAGCAGCAGUGAAGGCAGGACCGUCAGGCUAGCAGCAGCGAGGGCAGGACCGUCAGCUGGGCUAGCAGCUGCUACAAUCGGGGCUAGCAGCAGCGUUGAAAGCAAGACAACCAGUGCGACCAGCGGGCAGCAGUCGCAGUGGGGGCGGCUGUGAUUGGUACUCGAGCGGAGACAGAGGCAGCGGCAGCGGCCGUCAGCAGCGGCCUGGGGUACUGCCGGUAGAGGCGCUCGAGCGGUGGCAGCGGCGGUGGCAGCGGCCGACAGGCAGCCGCAGUAUCGGCCGACAGGCAGCCGCAGUAUCGGCCGGGCUGCGGCGCCGCGCGGCAUGAAGGAUGGAGUAUGACCUACCGCACGAGGAGACGGUCAAGUGUGUGCUGGUGGGCGACACGGCCGUCGGCAAGACGCGGCUCAUCUGCGCGCGCGUCUACAACAAACAGGUGUCGCUGUCAGAGCUGGUCACCAUGCACGUGCCCACCGUCUGGGCCGUGGACACAUACCGCAUCCACAAGGAGGUGUUGGAGCGCUCCUGGACACAGGUGGACGGCGUCAACGUCUCUCUCAGACUGUGGGACACAUUCGGAGACCAUGACAAGUACCGGAAAUACGCCUACCUCAAGUCGGACGUGGUUCUCAUCUGUUUCUCGGUGGGCAACCAGAAGUCCCUGCGCAACUGUCGCCAGAUCUGGUACCCGGAGAUCCGCCGCUUCUGUCCCGACACACCAGUCCUGCUCGUCGGCUGCAAAAACGACCUGAGGUAUAUGUGUCAGGAUGAGACGUACAUCAACUACUGCAAAGACCGCAGCCCGUUCGUCAGGGCGACCCGGGAGAGUGACCUGGUGCUGCCGGAGCAUGGCCGCGCCGUGGCCCGUGAGCUGGGCGUGGACUACUUCGAGACCUCGGUGCUCACCUACUAUGGCGUCGACCAGAUGUUCGAGAACGCCAUCCGAGCGGCGCUCAUCGCACGCCGAAAGAAGUUCUGGAUGACCAACCUGAAACGGGUCAACCGGCCCAUGCUGCAGGCACCAUUCUGUCCACCGAAGCCGACGCCGCCGGACAUUUUCGUGACGCCGUCGACGUUCGAGGAGAGCAUGGCCUCGCUGCUGGCCAACCAGUGGCACACGGACAUCAUCUUCCUCGUCGGUAGCGUGGGGUUCUCGGCGCACAAGGCGGUGCUGGCGAGCGCCUCGGACCUGCUGUUUCAGCUGCUCACCAUGCCGAUCGUGGACGACUCGUGCGGACACUGCUCCUCCAACGACAGCCUGGCGGCCGGGAUGGACGAGGUGGGCUCUGAGGCCGACACCGAGUGUCUGCUAUCCAGCUGCGCCCUCAAACUCAUCACAGGCCGGACGCGGGAAGUGGACGGUCCGCUGGACCCGGUACGGGGCGGCUGGCGGCCCCCCACCCUCAACCAGGUGGGCCAGUCGCGGCAGCUCAACCACCCGGCCUUCCAGUCCAUCAGCAUACAGCAGUGCGAGGGCCUGGACCAGAGCGGCCAGCCGAGUCUCUCUGUGCAGACGAUAAUCAGCGUCAGUAAGCUGGUCAGUCCGGCGGUGCUGCGGCAGGCGCUGCACUUCCUCUACACGGGACGGCUGGAGGACAACGCAAACUGCAACGUCCGGGAACUCCUGGAGGCAUCCGAGUACCUGGGCUUCCCGCAGUUCCAGGCCUAUCUGACCAACAUCGUUCGGAAGGAGGAGUACAGAAACAAGGAGAUCACCGCCAACUACAUUCAGAGUCUGAAGACGCGCCUGCUGGAGGUGUGUCUGGAGGAGGGCCUGUUCUCGGACGUGCUGUUCCAGCUGGACGACGGCACGGCGGCCGCCCACCGGCCACUACUCAUGGCACGCUCCGACGUCAUGGAAGUCAUGUUCGCCGGAAACUUCCGCGAGAGCAAGGCCAAAAUGGUGUCACUGCGAGACGUCACCGAGUCGACGUUCCGGGUGUUGCUGCACUUUAUGUACUCGGACACCGUGCCGGCGAUCCGACCACAGGACUGCCUGCCGCUACUGCAGCUGGGUAACCGGCUGUGUCUGCAGCGACUGCUCUCUCUGGUGGAGCGGGCUACAGCCGAGCAGCUUCAGGACGCCGCCGCCGACGGACAGGACUGUGUGGAGCUGGUGCUGUCACUGCUGGAACCCGGACAGCUGCACAACGCCGACCAGCUGGCCGACUGGUGUCUCCACUACCUGGCCACCAACUACGACACCAUGUGCAAGCGGUACCCCAAGCAGGUGCGCGCGCUGCACCCUGAGAACCAGGCCUAUCUCAACAAACACCGAUGGCCGCCCACAUGGUACCUGAAGGACUACGACUGCUACGAGCGCAUGGUUCGGGAACGGCAGCGCGAGGAGAACCCCAUCAAACCGUUCAAGCGGACGCGCACCAUCUCCGGCUGUCUGUGUUUCAGCGGAAAGCGGCGCCAGCAGCCGGCCGAGGCGGCACACAGCGUGUGACCGGACGCCCGGUGGCGGGGCGCGCCGCCUCCCGUCUGGGUGUGACGGCAGACCGCGGCCGCGGCGCGCGCGCGCACUCACACACUGACGACAUUCAGGGCUGACUUUCUAGGCUAGCGUUUGUACUGGUCCGCGGCGCGGUGUGAUGUGUGCCGCGGCGGGCGGCACUGAUCUCCGGCGCGCCGCCACACGUGUACAAAGCGCGCCGGGCGGUGGCGGGAGCGCGCCGGCCGCCGAAAACCCGCGCCCCAGUCACGAGAUGUCGCUUCAGCCGGCCAGCUUCCGCCGCCCGCAGCUGCAGCGCCGCUAGAAUAGAAUAACCCCGAACUCGAAACAAUGCAAGACCCUUCUUCAAUCGUCCUCUUGAUUUGAGCUUACUCCCCACUUUUUGAUAAGCAUUCUCUUUUUCUCGUGCCCUACGUUUUCUACUCUUCCACUCCCCCUGCUCCUCACGUUCACGACCUCACGUCUACCCUCCGUCUCCUCUCCUUUCUUCCCUCGUUACCCUCCGCGCCGUGGACGGGGCGAACUGCACGCUCCCCGCGCGCUGUCAACCAAAGAGCCCGCCUAUGCGGGCGUCAGCCGUCGCCAAUGCAUCGCCUCGUCUAGCAGAAUAGCAGCCCAACACUGCGCGCCCGUGUGCGCGUGCUCGCGCGUGCGUUUCUGUGCAUCGCCUGCGCACGCGGUCUGUCUGGUGGCCACCGGCCCGCGCGCGUCAACCUGACUGCUACACCACUGCCACUGCGGGCGCGGCGGCCCGCGCCGCGUGGCACCCAGCGCGCCGACUAGCUGUGAUACUGCCCUGUGGCCAGCCCACGCUGCUCCUCGCCCGCCUGAACACGCAUUCCGCUGGCAGCGUGACGCUCAGCAGAGCGCCGGCCGCUCUCUCCGCGCUCUCGCUCUCGUGCUCUCUCCAGUGUACAUAGCUUCGGAGCUCGGCGGUGCGGCAUAAACAUAAUUUUCUACGUGUGUAGCCGCCUGAUGAGACGCUCGCCACUGUAGCAUUUUGCUAUGUGAUUUUGAUGAAUACAGCUGAUAUAUUUAA